AUGGAUAUGGACCAACAAGAGGCUCUGAAUACCAUUGAGAAUUCUGUCUACAGAACAGCCCUGAAGCUCCGUGCUGUGCAAAGCCUAUGCCAACUCAAGCUGACUGACGUCUCUUCGAUUCAGCAAAUCCUGCCAAACCACAAAUGCCGGGCGGAGAAGCAGAAGCCUCUCUCCAUGGAGCAGCUCAUGCGACUGCUAAAGGAGCUGUUUAAGAGAACCAGAUUAGAGAAGCCAGGCCAGGUGGACCCAAAGGCGGCUGAACUAACCCUGAGCCUCCUGACCUCUGCGUAUGACAGGAAUGGAGUGGGCUUCAUCCAGCCCCGAUCAGCUGCAGCUGCUCUAAUUGCUCUCUCAGGGGAUGGCCUGCUCACUAAAUAUAGAGGUAAGCAGUAUUGCUCUUCUAUCCUGGCAGUCGUGGGAGAACGGCGUAACCUGUCUGACGUGGAAAUUGCAGUGAAGAGUUGUUUCAGUGGGCUUCUGGGUUCUGCAGUUGAUGAAGAGAGGUUCUUAGCUUGGCUCCAGUCUGAACCUGCCAUCCUCCUCUGGCUCCCCACAUGCUACAGGUUGUCAGCAACAGAAAUGGUCAAACACCAGGUCAAAUGUAACAUCUGCAAGAGCUUUCCCAUCACUGGUCUAAGGUAUCGUUGCCUGAAGUGCCUGAACUUUGACAUUUGCCAAGUCUGUUUCUUUACCGGACAAUUCUGCAAACCCCACAAGAAAUCUCACCCUGUGAUGGAGCACUGUGUGCCGGUGUCCACAAAGGAGAGAACAAAGUUGUUUUUCCGCAUCAUCCGAAACAACUUGCUACAAGGGCGCUGCGAGAGGAAGGAAGCUCUGAGAAGGAAGACCUUGAUGGUGACGGGGGACGCAGGCUACUCUCUUGGCAGCCAUGCACAUUUCGCUGAGCGUGGGAAGAAGGCCCCCUCUGGCGGACAGCAAUCAUCAGGCCUGCAUGGCUGGUGGGAUGUGUUUGACUUGGCGCUUGCUUCUCUUAAGGCGGAAUUGGCUAAAACACAGGAAUCCAUCAAGGCCCUUCACAGCGAGAGGAGGUACUUGAAGAAGCAACUGAACAAAUGCAAUGGCAAAAUAAAGCUCCUUCACUCGGCUCAGGAAGACAGAAACCGUGCACUACAAGCAAAGAUCCGUGAGCUAUUAGGAAGCCAGGAUAACCUCAAGCUGGAGCUUCAAGAAAUGAGAGAGGAAAUUAAGGUAACAGAACGGGGUCAACGGCUCUUUGCUUAG